AUGGAAGAAGAAGAAGCGGCGGCGGCGGGCUGGGGCUGGGCGGCGCUGGUGCUGCUCUUCGCCGCCUCGCUGCUCACCGUCUCGGCCUGGCUGCUGCAGCUGGGCCGGAGCCUAUGGCGGGGGCGCGGACGGGCGGCAGGAGCCCCGCGCAGCCAGGCGGCCCCCGCCCCCGCCGGCCUCUGGGCGGCCGUGCUGCGCCUGGGCUCGGGCCGCGGGAGCUGUGCGGCGUCCGGGGCCCGCGGCUUGCUCGCCUCGCUCUUCGCCUUCCGCGCCUUCCGCGAGAACUGGCAGCGAGCCUGGCUGCGCGCCCUCAACGACCAGGCCCGCCAGCACGGGAGCUCGGUCCAGAUCACGUUCGAGGAAAGCCCUCGGCAGUUGCCAGCCGUAACUAUCAGCCACGUGGCCUGCACUGACCAGUCGGAUCGCAGGAUGGUCUUGCACUGCCUCCUUUCAACUGACACGCUGCAGUUCCCUGUCUUGGUUGCCCAGCAGUCUCCGGCCGCCGUGUCCAUGGACACCUAUUGCGUCUCCCUGGCUGUGCAGCAGGCCCAGCUGGAGAUCUGCCUGGAGGAGGUGGAGGACGAGGGGCUGCUGGUCUCCUGGGCAUUCAAAGACAGGCCUGACCUGAAGCUCUCCAUCCCACCGAGACUCCAGCCGCACCGGGAAAGCGAUGGGAAGGCGGACUUGUCCAUUAUCAAGAAUCUGAUCGAAGACUCCAUUAUCAGCACCCAGCCUGCCAUGAUGGUGAACCUGAAGGCCUGCAUUACGAACGCCAAGACGGAGACCAGCAGCAGGCCGUCCCUGGGCUCCCUCUCGGGCUCAGCACCUGCCCUGACGCCAAGGCUGCUUCUCCAGCACCUGCGGGCUCUGCACCUGACGCCCCGGGAGAGCCAAGGAAACGGGCUGCUGUGCUGCGAGGUGGAGCUGGACAGCCCUCGGCAGCAGAAGAGAACGGCGCCCGUGCCGGCCGGUCCGGCCACUGAGGUGGAGUGGCCCGGCAAGCUGCUUCUGGAGCUUGGCCCCCGGAGCAAAGAGCUGGUGCUGAGGGUGUUGGAAGGCAGCCCUUCCGGAGAGGAUGUGCUUCUGGGAUUUGUGGCUGUCCCCGUAGACCCCUCCUCCAAAGAGCCGCAGGGGCAGCAGCUCUACCUGCUGAGCCCAGGGCCCGCCCGGGCUCUGCCCCCAGCAGCCGCCAUUGCCGUGGAGCUGCUCCACCAGGACGUCCCAGAGCUCCAGGCUGCCUCCUCCCUGCGCACCAGCAUCACCCCCACCAAGAAGGUCGAGAUGGGCCGGACCAUAAUGCCCGAUGGCACCAUUGUCACCACCGUCACCACCAUCCAGUCCAGGCCCAAACUGGACUGUAAGCUUGAUUCCCCCUCCAGGUCUCCGUCCAAAGUGGAAGUGACGGAGAAGGUCACCACGAUGCUCCCGGAGAACGGCUGUCCCAGCAGAGCCUCUCCCUGCAGCAGCCGAAGCAGCUGCGUCUCCAACGGCCUGGAUCCCGUGGCCGAGACGGCCAUUAGGCAGCUGACGGACCUGACCAACAAGCCUGCCAAGAAGACUCCGACCAAGCGCAGCACGCUGAUCAUCUCGGGGGUUUCCAAGGUACCCAUCGGCCAGGACGAAACGGCCCUCUCCCUGGGCUACGCGGGGUCCCUGCAGGAAGACUCCACCCUGGCCGGCCUCUCAGAAUACGCCCCACUGAGCACCUGCGAAGCUACGCAGCCGCUGGAAAGUUCACACUCGCCUCAGAUGGCGAGCCAGGAUCUGGACGAAACCACCCAUUCCGACAUCUCCGAGAGACCCUCAGUGGACGACGUGGAGUCGGAAACGGGCUCGACAGGCGCCCUGGAGACCCGGAGCCUGAAGGACCACAAAGUGGGCUUCCUGCGAAGUGGCACCAAGCUCAUUUUCCGGAGGAAGAACAAGCAGAAGGAGGCUGGGCUCAGCCAGUCGCACGAUGACUUGCCCAACGCCAGCACCGCCUCCGCCCCCAGGAAGAAGUCCGGAAGCUUCUCUCGGCGUCUCAUCAAGCGCUUCUCCUUCAAGGGCCGGGCGAAGAGCAAACCCAACGGGAGCAGCCCCCCGUCAGCGGAGAAGCCCUGA